GUCACAGAAUCACCAAUAUCUGAGCAAAAAACACUUUAAAAACUCGGGAAGAUCCCCAAAUAUUCCUGCUUUCGGUGGUGCAGCCGCAAGAUAGCAGCGACAGUAAAACACAUUGGAAAAAUCACGUCAUUCGACCAAAGGAUUCGUUAUGUUCCUUCCACCAUUCUAUGUGGACAGCCCUGAUGCGUACCUGAAAGAUGCUACUAAAUGCCUCCAGGAAAACUACUGGAUCUUCAACUUCCAAAUUACAAAUUUCUUCGGGAAUAGUACAUGGGAGAAGAUACCGGUAGAAUGGAGGGAACCUCUUCUUGACCUAUCAACUCAAGAGCUGAAUGAAUUGCCAUACCACUACUGUAAGGAAGAUUGGCCAGAGUCCUUGAAGUCCUUCCUCCAACUUUCCCAACGACUUUCUCUCCCGCGUCAACAAAGCGGAAAAAAUCCUACCGUCAAAAUCAACAAAGACAUCAAGCGCGGGAUGAUCCCGAAGAAGAUCGCUGAGGUGUCGUCUUUGGCGGCUGUGGUGGACGCCGUGUGUCGGGAGGGACGCUGUGAGGGGGUCAUCGAUGUUGGCGCUGGACUGGGUUACCUCGGUCAAGUCCUCACCUCUCAAUACGGCCGUGACGUCAUAAGUCUCGAACUGAAGGAUGACAACACCGAGGGAGCCAAACAGCGUCAGGUAAAACAAGGUUCAAAUCCAAAAUCACGGCUCUAUACCGUGGAAUUGAAAGACGACACCGAAUCGCGAGAAAACUUGAAGGAAAUUCUCCGGAUGGAAUCCAGAAAUUUAGCUAAGACGAGAUCAGAAAAAACUAGUUGUCGUCAUUGUCCUGAUUCAUGUGAGUCUGAGGUGACCGUGUCAAGCUGCGUCACACAUGGUUGUGAGACAACGUCUCCUACUGUCGGAGGGGAUAAGACGAUAUAUAAAUGUGCCAGCGGUGAUUCACUGAAAACGGAAAACAGCGCAGAUAGUGGCCUUAACUGUAACUUGUGCAUCUCGGAGAAAAAUAACGAACCAAGUGAUUCUGGUGUGAUGUCAGGCUGCGUCACUCAUGGUUGUGAGAUAUUGUCACAUACUGUCGGGGAGGAUAAGACAAGAAGUGAAUGCGCCCGCAGUGAAUCAGAAAACGGCGCUAAUGGUGGCCUUUGUUGUAACUUGUGCAAUACCGAGAUAGCUAAAGGACCGUGUGAUGAUUUAGAUACUCGACAACUUUCUCAAAAUGUUUCGCGACGCAUUGACGUCGGAUUCUGUAUGGUAGGGCUCCAUUGCUGUGGAGAUCUCACACCGACGAUGCUGAAAAUGUUUGGCGAUAUCGAGGAGUUGACGCAUCUUGUCUGCGUGAGUUGCUGCUAUCAUAACAUGGAGAAGGAGGGCGAUGACGGGUUUAGAAACUUUCCGAUGAGUUGUCAGGUUCGGGAUGCUGUUUGUGGUGGUGUAGACCGCUGGUGCAGUCAUUUUGCAUUUCGGCUUGCGGCUCAGGAGACGAGAGCCCGAUGGAAACAUCAGUCCAAGGAUGAGCAUGAGCAGCACACAAGACACGUGGCCUACCGCGGCAUCCUGCAAGAGUUCAUGGGGAAUGGAGAUAACAAACUGAAGAAAAUCAAAAGGAAAGUAGCGCGAAAGUCUGCGUUUGUCGAUUUCGGUAGCUACCUUGAUGCCGUAUUGGAAAGAACGGAGGGUGUUGAUGUCUGCAGUCAGAGGCAGGAGCUCUUGGACCUCUACAUAACGUACGAAGACAGAUUCGAAUACAUCGAGCCUAUUACGGCCCUUCAGGUCAUCCUGCAGCCAGUGAUAGAGAGCCUCAUCACGAUCGACAGAGUCAUCUACCUAAACGAGCGGGGCAUUCCAGCGGAGAUCGUUCCAUUAUUCGACGAGUUUGUAUCACCGAGGAAUUUAGCAAUAAUUGCAAAAAAGUCUUGAUUGAGAUCUUUUGGACGAUGUCAUAAUGUGCCUUUCUGCCGACCCCAAUGAUUUUACCAAGCACGUAUAACGGACAGCACUUGUCAGUCCCGAGGGUGUCCAUAAUAGAGAGGUUCUACUGGGUAUUAAUGGGUACACCGUUAGCUGGAAGAUGGGCAUUUAAACCCAUAGGGUAUGACCUUCUUCAUCGAAAUAACAACUCAAACUCCUCUGCCCCAAGUGUGACAUUACAAAUUUGUGUUGCCCGAACAAAAUUGUGCUGUGAUUUGCAAGCUCUAAUGUGCGAUGUAAUAAAUAUCUGUGGAAUAUUCAUUUUA